CUGGCUGCUUUCGUCGGGUGGGCACUGAUAUUUUUCAGAGCCGUUGCUCUACUUCGAGAGCGACAGCUAAUCUGUUGUUGGGCUGGUUUUAUUGCUGCUGAAAAGUUUCCACCUGCGGCUAGGCCAUUGCUGAGAGCUUUGAGUCGGUGACUGCGACGCUCGCAUCAGCCGUUCUUCGCGUGUGGGACUUGGAGCUUGGUUAAGGAAAAUGGCGCGAUCUGCCUGAGUGCGCUUGGGCUCCUGGGCGGCGGUUAGCUGAGGCUGCCCUUCGGCUCAUCCCAGCACACCGCGGGUCGUGGCCUGGGAUAGGCAGCAAGAGCUGCCAACGGGCCUUGGCUGCCGUUCUGCUUCCUGAGCGGGCGUAGCACUGACUGCUGCACCCAGAUCACGAGUGGAGUGUGCCAGGUUGAUGUAGAAGCACUGCUGUGGAUAUUUUCAUUUUACAUAUUGUGUGUGACUUCGGUGAGCUAAGAUAAAGUCUUAGUGUAGGAAAUACUUCUCCUGCUCGUUACUGCCUUUGUUUUUGAUACUAAUAAAGCAGUGCAGUUUUGGCUUAGUGACGGUAGGAAGGAGAUGGUUUGUAUUGGAUGUCAGACGUGGUUAUGUAACGUUAUCUGGUGAUCUCACUGCCUUUUGGCUGAUGGCAGAAUUGGCAGCCUGCUGUAAGCAAAAUCUGAGGAGAUUUAUUGCAGUAAAUGGCAGCACUGGGUAUAUUUGUUUUAAUUGUAGGUGGGUUCUUUGAGCAAUUCCACACUGCCAUCGUAGGUCACUAGGUUGCUGCAAAACAUUAACUUUGAAAGCCAUUGGCAUAACACAGUAGCUAUAAAUACUGUCCAGAUGAAAUAGAGCAUUUCUAAAGGAAGGCUCUGCCAUGCAAGGCUGUAUUAAACUCUCUCUGCCAUGCAAGGCUGUAUUAAACUCUGUGUCAGAUGAUAGCAUAAAAUUUGAAAGCUGUAAAAUUGUGUAUUUUUAAAUAGCAAUAAAAAGUUAUUUAACUUACACUCUGUACAGUGCUACAGACACUGCUGAUUUCAGCAAAAAGAAAAUGUUUUUUCCUUGCAGUUGUAGAACAAGAACAGGGAUGCAAUAAAAAAUGGAAAAUCAAAAGGCGCACAAACCACAAUGUGGUGAAGCUUGUGAAUAUUUACGAGAAAUUGGUGGUUUGGGGUUUAUAAAUGAUCUUGCAAAGUCAAGUGCUCAUGGCAUAGUGAAGGAAGCAGCUUUAUUUACACUAGGAAUCAUAAUAGAGAGUAAUGUUUACUGCCAACAAACUUUGUGUUCUUCUGCAUUAUUUGAGGACCUCAUUUCAUUAUUAAUGAAUAAGGAUUCUGGUGUGAACUUGAAAAGAAUGUCUGUUUAUGUCAUCUUGGCACUGGUUUCAAAUAAUAAACUUGGCCAAACCUAUGUCAGGGAAACAGGCUGCAUUGAUCUGCUGCUGCAGUUAUUCAGAACAACUCUUUCCACACCUGAGCUGAAUCUGUCAGAUGAAAAUACAAAUAGCUGCUACCAGCUGUGGUGUUCAGUCUGUAGCACUCUCUGUGCCUGUGUUAACAAUCCUCAGAAUGCCCCCGUGCAGAAAUAUUUUGUUUCUGUUGGAGGAUUGGACACCUUGGCUCAAGUCCUCCUCAAGCUGAUGCAUGAUGAUUCCUGUCUGAGUCACCCUAGCACGAAGCUUGCAAUAGUAGUAACAAAGACUCUGGAUGCCUGCAUUGCUAAUGACUCUGCCAUGGCUGUUGUUUUGGCGAAGUAUCACACUGUGUCAGAACUGCUGAACCUACUGUCUAAUGACACUCUGGAUACGGGAGAAAAAAUGAGUGUUAUUCUAACAAUUGGACACUGUACUGAAGUCUCUGAAGAAAACCAGUGUGAACUGCUCAAGAACAAUGGUCUUCCACUUAUGAUUCAGGUACUAACUGAGUCUCAGGAUGAGGAACUACACAAAGCUGCUACUUUUGUGCUACAGAACUGCAAGCAAAUGACUAAACAGUUGUCCUUGAAAAUAAAUGAGAAGUCCCUAAGUGUGAAGAAUGCAGAAGAGCUGGAGGUGGACAUGCAAAUCAGAGAAAGAAAUCAGCGAAACUACUGGAAGAAAGCAAAAGACAUUCUGCACAGAAUAAACUUGAUUGAAAAAGAACAUGAGGAGAUUAGCAUGUUUAUGGAGGAAGGAGCGGAAGAAAGACCGUUUGACAGGAGUUCAUGGGAUUUUGAUGCUUCAAUGCUGGCUUCUGAAGUGAAUCCCAGUGAUAAAAAAGCAUGUAUAGAAAGAACGUGCAAAGAAUUAUGUGGUUCACAGUUAACUUCUAAGUUGGAUGACGGAGUUCUUGCUCUAGCUGUAAAUUCUUCUGCACUGACUGAGAAUCCAGUAAAUGCUUCUGCUAGAAAAAGUAAACAGAGUGAUAUUCCACGUUCAGUUUAUGCGAUGCAGUCAGACACUGCAAUUCAAAGUCGUAGUGCAAAUGAAAAAACAGCAGGUGAAAAAAGUCAGUCUGUUCUUCAGCUAAGGAAAGGCUUACUUCAACAACCAGGGAAGACUAUUAAGCAUAUGAAAUGGGCAAGCACACCAGACCAACAUUCAUUCUACUCAGAGAUAACCAAGGAAGAAAAAAUUAAUUUGAUUACAACUGCAUCCCUUAAAAUGACAGACUUCCUGUGUUUGGGUUGUACAACAACAGGACUGUCUUUCAAUAGCAGAACUUUUAGUAAGAUGUUGCAAACUUGUCCAUACCUGUGUGGCCGUCACAGAGUCAUUCUGGAAGCUGAAGAAAGAUAUAAAAAGAAACUUCAGAAAUCAUGUGGCUCUAACAGAAGACAUGCAGCUUAUCAGAAGAUAUUGCUGACUCCAGUGAAGAAAGGAAAACUGCUAGCAGAGACAUCUUUAAAGAGCAAACAGGAUAAUUUCCAAAGUAUUCUUUUGACUCCAAUUAGAAAAAGCAAACCCAAUACUUUGAAUAGAUAUCAGCAUAAUAAAAAUACUCGGUUAUCUGAAGAAUAUAACUUGCAACCAACAUAUGAAAAAUGUGAGUAUCACCAGAAAAUUAGUUCUGUAACAAGAAAAGCUGAAAGAUCAGGUUUUACCUUUAGUUCAGGGCACUGAAAAAAGUGUCCGUGCUUGCUGCUUGGAAACAAAUGGCUGAGGAUUUUAAUAGAUAUUCUUGUAGCUUCAAUCAUAAGAUUACUUAACUUUAUUUUAACUUAAAUCCUAUUGUUUUGCUACUUGCCUCCAGUACCUAACUAAUUCAGACAUGUUAAUGCCAAUAAUGAGUAAAAGGUCUAAUGAGAAAUAGAUAUUAGUAAUAAGGCAACGUGUGCGUAUCCAUGUUCAUUAGAGGCAAUGUUCCUUCCCAGCACAGGAGUCAGGCUUACAGUCGAGUUCAGUUAGUUCAAAGUGGCCGAGGGUUGGCCUUCACAGUUUCGUAGCCUUCCAAAAAAGGCAAGAUGCAAACUUGGAGAGAGAGGGUGUGAAAGAAAUGUGCAGCCAUGAAUCCCAACAGUUAAAAGAAAAUUGUCUAUGUUCCCUUGAUGAAGAUGAGGUUACCUGUGUGCAGCCUUAUACACUUGUCUUUAUCUUUGUAAAAUCACUGAAAACUGUGUAAUUCCAUUUGAAGUCACCUUUAACAGGAGCCCAAUACCUAAGUGAACCAUAUUAAAUACAGAUCUUUCCCUGCUGAUUCUACUGCAGUCAUAGUGGCAUAUCCCUGAAACAAGUUAACUAUUUUUCUAUUGUUAGUUAUUUUCAAAUAAUGGAACUUCCACAAGUAAUGGAAAUGGAAGUAUGCUUAUAUCCUGAGCUUGUGAAAGUUGGCACAGUAUAGAAAUGGUACACACCUAAAAGAAAUAGCUGUCCUGACUGGAAAACAAAUACUGAGAGUGUGAGUUAUGUAAGCGCAACAAAAAUGCAGUAUUUUUCUGACAUUUGCCUUUAUUUGAGUAAAUGGGUGACAGUGAAGAAAAGGCUGAACAUAACAUGUUUGAAAAAUGUCAUUGUGUUGACUGUUUGCUGGCAACACAAUUCUCAACUAGUUCUGAACAACAAUGCAUUCCUUCUAAUGUGAAAUACUAUGUAAGUUGACAUGAUUUUUAAUUACACCAAAAUAAAUGCAGAACAGUGAGAAAUGUUACCUGGAUAUAAACACAAGAGCUUUAAACAAGAGAAGAACCUGAAAAAAUCUCACAGAUGAAGAAAUUAAUGAUAUUUUAAAGAGAGUAAAAUAAAUGGGUAAUCACUGGAAUUUGAUUUUGUGGUGCUAUCCAUUUCACAAAGGAUGAACAAAUGCUUAUCUUUCUGAGAAAUACAACAGGUUACAAGUAAAUGUCAAACUUUCUCAUAUCGUAUGCAACUCAUAUGCACUAUCAGGUCAUUUUUUGAGCUUUUGUUCCUGAUUUGCUUGCAAAGAAACAUGGGAUGAAAAAUUGGCAACCUGUGAGCUGAUCUUUGUGCCAUUUCACUGCUGUGCACACUGAGGUUUUGAAUGGUCUCUGUAAACUAAUCAGUUUUUAUGCUAAUAGAGAACUAAACUGGGAGGCAUUGGAGUGGCACCUGAUAGGGUACAAAGGGUUUCAGCUGAGGGCUGGAUUAAUACCCGUGUUUGCUAGGAAGUGGAUAUGUUCUUGGUUCAGUCAAUUGGUGAGGGUCUGUGAGAUUUUCUGUUGUAGUUUUUGCUUUGUUUCAUGUGUAUGCUUCUUACACAGAGCUGUGGUUUAUGGAUGGAGUAGGUAACGUUACUGCUGUACUCAGUAAAUGUGGGGGGGUUGGUGGCAACCAUUUAUACUCUGAAAUCUUUUCUAAAAAUUGUACUGCGUUUUGUGAUAAUGGUUGUCUUGAUAUUUUUAU